AUGUCUUGGUCCGUCGUCCUGAGAGAACGAUGGAAGAUUCUCUCGAAGAUUUCUGCAACUCUCACGGCCGUCCGGUCCAUGGGAGGGGGCCCGCGGACCUUCCCCGGAGGGCUCAACAAGUGGCAGUUCAAGCGGAUGCACGAGAAGAUGGCCAGGGAGAAGGAACGGAGGCUGCUAGAGCAGGAGAAGGAGGUUUAUCAGGCCCGGCUCCGGUCGCAGAUCAGGGUGAAAGUCGCCGGGAGGUCACCGGCACAGGGCGACGAGGAGAGCUCAUCUGCGGCGGCGUACGGCCCGAUGACGGCCAGUGACCACGUGAAGGCCCUCGCCGAUCGCUUCACGAAAGAAGGGGCGGAGGACUUGUGGAACGAAGAUGAUGGUCCGCUGCGGGAUGAUCCCGUGCCCCGGAACCCCGCGCCUUCGCGUACUGUGCCCCCUCUCGAUUUGAGGAAGAUGAUGUCAGAUCGUUGUAAAGUGGCGGAUGGCACUGCGUGGAGGUCGAGGCGACCUGUUGAGACACCGGGCCGACGAAGGCAGUACUCUUCUGAUGCAGGAAGAAAAUGUCGGCCUAAGCUUGGCGUCAAGUCGAAAUGGUAUCCAGAUUCUGAUUCUGAUUCUGAUUUGGAUUCCGACUUUGGUUUAGAGGGCGACCCUGUGAAACCCUUCCAGACAGGGGGGACACGAAACCCUAAGUUUCCUAGAGUCAGUUCUGUGAAUGCGGACCUGAAGGAGGAAGAAGUUGCGAUUAGGGCUGAGAAGAAGAAGAAGAUAAUGUUAAGCGGGGCUGCUUUAAUGAAUCACGAUAGGAAAAAAGAGAGACGGGCGCCCAAGCCCAAGGCUGUAGAGAAAGAGGACAGCUUGGACGAGGAAGUGGAGUGUAUACGAGAUGAGCUGGAGAAAAGGAAACGGGAUUUGGCUGCCACCGUAGGGCAGGAAGUUGAGGAAGAGGCUCUUUUGACCCCGCGGAGGUAAUCCCAUUGUUAUAGAUAUCGUAAAUCGUUGUAAAACCUCUAUUUAGGCCAGUUCUCCUGUUUCCAAGAUCGUUGACUUCAAGGAGAGUGGUGAUGUCUUCUAGGCCUCUUUUCAUUUAUUCUGGGAUUCAUAUUAAGGUAGAUAAAAUCCCUCUACUUUGGAGAAUCCAUGAAAUAUUGGUUAAAAUGCUCUACAUUCCUGUGAUAUUGACCAAGGAAGUGAAAAGAGACGUUGGCAAAGUGUGAACAUAGAGUCCAGGUACAGAAAUGUCAGAAAUCAUGCAGGAAUGUGAUUCCAACCCUUAAUGAGCAUUACCCCACAUUGUUUUUCUGUGAUGAAACAAGUUUAAAUGGUAGCAGGUUAAUUAUUGUACAAGCAGUUUCUCGUGUGCAUAGUAUUUGACCCCUUACAAGUGUGCCCAUGUUAUCUGUUCUCUCCACGCUUCACUUUCCACUCCUGUUGUCACCAAAGUCUCUCGUGCCCAUAAAUUUUGUCGAUCUUUACUCGCCCAUAACCAGUUUAUUUACACAAAUAAUGUCUGCAAUUCUUUCUUCUUUUUUUUUCAUAGAUAGUAUCUUCUCUGUGGGAUAUUUAAGGUUUUUUUGGGAUUACUUGGAAAAUUUAAUGCUAAAACCAUUCCUUGGACUAGCUUCUAAGAAGCACCCAAAGGACUUGCCAUGUUGUACCAUUUGAUGUAAGAUAAUACAUACUAUUUUCCAUUUCCAUUCGUAAUAUUUUUUUUCCAGUCCGGAGGAUAGAAUGCAUUAAACGGUGUUUUUCAAAAUACUAGCCUGUUAGUCAUACUAAUUCAAUUCUUUUCACUCCAGCUCAUUCUUGAUUUUGUGGGGCUUAAGUAUCCUAUGGUAGAAACAAUAGUUGAGGCAGGGUGCUAGAAGGGUUAACUAAACAUCGCCAAGAGGCUUCCCCUUCCCUCAAAAACUGUUGUUACAGUAACUUUUUGCAGAGGGUAUGGUACACCUAUGUUAGUGCAUGCAUUAAUUGAGCUUUGGUUGCCAUGCUAGCAUGCUCCCAUUUUUCUUGCUUUGACGUUGCUCUCAAAAGUUGGAGUGAAUCUUGUUUUGAUCUUUGGUUCAUAUCUCUAGGUCUUAUUUUAUCAUGGAAAUUUUGAAAUAUCCCAUCUGUAUAAAUGCUAUGUUCCUCUGUUUUCAUCUGUGCGGGCAUUUUGGACUACGGCCAAGUUUUAUUCCUGACAGUUUUCAUAUCUAUCAGCCCUUGUGUGUGAGCACAGAUAUAAUUUCCAUGUGCAAUAAAGUUUUCAAGAUCUUGGGCCUAUGGGUGGCAUGCCAGCCCUGGAUUGCAAAGUUUAGCCAAGCCUGUACAUGGACUGGGUUUGAUUUCAAUCCAGACUGAAUUAAAUCAUUCAGAUUGUCUGAAACCCAAGUGAAAAAACCAAGCUUUUUUUUCAAGGAAGAUAUUUCCAUUAAUAUUAAGGUCACGUGGAUAAACAUCACCGUAUUAAAAACACAGUUUUAAACACUCUUCCAUGAGGGCUUCGUGGAGAUUUCAACGCUGCCAAUCCCAGGGCUAUUCUGGGCAUUUAUUUUAUAAGUUCCUUGAAGGUCUCUAUAAAACUUUCCAUCUCCAAAUGUAUAGAUGGGAGGAUGUUCGUAGGUCAUGGUAUAUUGAUGUACAACCUGUAGAUCAAGCUUUCCAAUAGGAAAGUUACACUUUGCUAAAUAGGGUAGGAGGGCAUGGGAGAACUUACAACAUUGUGCCACGUAAAUUUAUCAUAUUGCUGCAGAGUUCAUUGACCACGUAAAUCUGGGCAAUGGAGAUAAAGUUAUAGAUCCAAGAGACGAUUAUUUGAUUUUAGCAAUCCCCUUUGUAUCAUAUUCAAUAUCCCCAUUUUUCUAUGUUGAUGACUGAUAGAUUUCAGAGUUAUUUUGUAGAAUAAAUGUUUCAUCUUUAGAUUGUUUGACUUUCGAAUGCAGGUUUGAGGAGUACAGCAUCUCUCCUUUGACAGUUAAAGCACUCACUUGUGCCGGCUAUGUGCAAUUGACUGUAGUGCAAGAUGCUGCUCUGCAAACCUGCCUUGAUGGUUUGUUGGUUAGAUAUUAUAUGGCUUACGUUUUCUUUUUUCUUUUGGAAUAUUUAUUGUUCAUAUUCGUGUUUGCCUGAUUCCGGGAUGAAAACUGAUGACAAAUGGCUUGAAACUUAACUUUUUUUUUUUCGCCAUUCUUUUUCUCUUUUAUUGUCUAUUUGUGCCUUGUAAAUUGUAACAGAAGAUACCUGGUCUACUUCGAGGCAUAGUUGAUUUAUGUGAUCGACUUUAGAUCAUUCUGAGUUGUAUAUAUAUCUCAUAUUAUUAUUCAAGGAUGCAAUGCCGACGAGACCUUGAUGAGUGUUUGGCCAAGUAAAAGGAAACUAAUCAUUGUCUUGAUGCUUUUACUGGGACAGGAAAUGACGUGCUUGUGAAAGCAAGAACUGGCACAGGCAAGAGCAUUGCAUUUCUGGUAUAUGAUCUGCAAUUUUUCAUUUCGUUUUAUUUUUUUAAGCACUUAUCUUGUCUCUUCAAUGCAUAAAUUGAAAGAAAACAGCUUCCUGCAAUUGAAGCAGUGUUAAAGGAUGCGACAGUUGGUGUAAACAAUCGCAUCUCUCCUAUACUUGCGCUCAUUCUUUGUCCCACAAGAGAGCUUGCCAGUCAAGUUGCUGCUGAGGCAAAUGUCUUGCUGAAGUAUCACAAUGGUAUUGGUGUUCUGAGUCUGAUUGGUGGUACACGAUUCAAGGUUGACCAGCAACGCCUAGAGUCAGAUCCAUGCCAGGUUUGCAUUUUCACCUAUAAGUAAUUUUGAAAUGUACGUUAACUUUGGGAUUUGUCACAUGGAUAACACCAAUAAGGUGCACAUAGUGUCGGAAUAAUUAUCUCAUUUAAUGUCGUGUCAAAACAUUGGGUCAUUUGAUACCAAAUCAAUUCGCAGUGUGCAGAGUUUCCCCAUUCAUAUAAUAGCAUGGUCUCGUUUAUUCCUUAUAAUGUUUAACUGGUCUAAGAAGAGAAAAAAUCUUCAAUUGAUGAGUCCUAUGGAAUUCAAAUAAUAUGUGCUUCUGACAGUAUGCAUGUUCCUUGACUGAAUUAAUCCCAAGGAUAGAUCAGUUAUAGAACAUUUUAUGGCUGAUAUAUGUACAAUGCUCACUUUCUAUGCAGAUUAUAGUGGCAACCCCUGGUAGACUGUUGGAUCACAUUGAGAAUAAAUCUGGUUUCUCAUUGCGUCUGCUGGGAUUGAAAAUACUUGUCCUCGAUGAAGCAGACCACUUGCUUGACCUUGGAUUUAGGAAGGAUAUUGAGAAGAUCGUUGACUGUUUGCCACGUAAGAGGCAGUCAUUGUUAUUUUCAGCCACGAUUCCUAAGGAGGUGCAACAAAUCUUUUCUUUCCCUAUUUAAAAGUUACAGUCACAUUAUUGGGUUACAGGCCUAAUAUUAUGGAAUAGAAGAGUAUUUUUGGCCUGACUGACUUAAUUAUACAGGUUCGUCGGAUUUCACAAGUUGUAUUGAAGAGGGAACACACUUUCAUUGAUACGGUGGGAUUGAGCAGCCAGGAGACACCCCCCAAGGUAUAUAAUGUUGGCGCACCUUUUAUGUCAUUGCAAAUUGCUCCUGGAAACGAUUGACCAGCAUUACAUGACUGUAAGUUGCUGUUUCAUCUUCUUUCCUCGUGCUGCAAAACUAGUAUGCCAUAACAUCUGAAUGAUAAGGCGAUUUGAUGUUUUUAUGCAAUCCAGGAUCACAAUUUUUGUAUUUAAUUUACUUUUAAAUGACAAUUAUAAAUUUAUCUUGAUGGAUUUUGGUACUUAUUUUCACCAUCAAAAUUUAGGUUUCGCAAUCCUAUAUCAUUGCACCCCAUACUCUGCAUUUUGAAGUGGUUCAUCACCUUCUGAAAGAGCAUAUUAUGCAAGAGGCCAACUACAAGGUGACUGUUUUUCAGUGUUAUUUUUUUCACAAUUACCAUUAUUUCGCUAGUUCCUUGACUUGGAUCCUUCUUCCAACCCAGGUAAUUGUCUUCUGUACAACAGCAAUGGUGACUCAGCUUACGUUUGCACUUCUUCAUAACUUGAAGAUGAAUGCCAGAGAAAUGCACUCCAGGAAGCCUCAGCUCUAUCGGACACGGAUAUCUGAUGAGUUUCGCGAGAGUAAGAGGCUAAUUCUUGUCACUUCAGACGUUUCAUCGCGGGGAAUGAAUUAUCCGGAUGUAACAUUAGUGCUGCAGGUAUAUUUUUGACUUGAUUUAUGGCUAUUCUCUCCCUUUGCUGUGUCAAUUCUAGAUUCCGAUUAUGGGACAAAUUUGGCUAUUUCUUUUUUCUUUUAAAGGAUAUUUGUUGAUUUUCAUAGUAUGCAUUAUGUCUCAUAAGUUGGUCUUUACUCUCCUUUCCCAUGUCUCAUAGUUCUUGCUCCAGUUGGUGAUAUCCACCUCCUGCCAACGGCUAAAAAUACUUAACAUUUCACAGAAAACAUGCUGUCGUAGUUCUAUAACUGUGUUGUGCCUUUUCUCCAUAUCAUAUAUAUAUAUAUAUAUAUAUAUAUGAUAUUUCCAACAGCCGAAAAUCAUGAUUUUCGUUUUUCAUAAAUCUGAAAAAAGUAGUUUUGAGUUUUCCUCAAAAUGACAAGACGAUUGUUUUUGUUUGCGGAGGAAAACCUGUGAUUCCAGUACUUGGUAAAUCUCAAAAACAUGAAAUCGAGUUAUUGAGUCAAGGAGUAAAUCAGGUAAUUCCUUGAAAUCCAAAAUUGAGUAAUUCGGAUAUUCCUUCCAAUUCGGAAAUGUAGUAAUUUCACUAUAUAUAUAUAUAUAUAGUAGUUUGAUUAUUUUUUGUGCGCAACUUGUUAUUCUGGAUUACUCCACCUGUAAUGGCUUCGUUUUUUAUGAUGGGCGACUAAUGGCUCAGAUGGGUGUUCCUUGUGAUCGUGAGCAAUAUAUACACCGGCUGGGAAGGACUGGACGUGAAGGGAAAAAUGGGAGGGGAAUUAUGUUGCUUGCUCCAUGGGAAGAAUAUUUCUUGGAUGAAAUAAGAGAACUUCCUAUUGGGAAGUUACCGAUGCCUGUUCUGAAUCCAGAUGCAGGGGAGAAGGUCUGUAACAUGCGAGGAUUUUUUUUUUUGUUGCUUACAAGUAAAAUUCCUAUUCAUUCACUUUCCCAGUCCAGAUACAUUCAUUUCUUGAUUAUCCUGCUAAUUUUAUGGUUCUUAGUAAUCAUUUCGAUCAGGGUUGGAUUGUGGAAUAUGAAUCUUUUGCAAGUUUUAUUUGUUUGUUUGUGUUAUCUUUAAAUGGAGUUCAUGCACGGAUCAUAGUCUCUGACAAAGUCACUGGGUCAGCCUGGACUGAUUUCCAUUCAGGGAAAUAAAGAGAAGUCAACCGGGAGCUAUUCAAAGAUGCAUUCAUUACUUGAUUAUCCUGCUAAUUUUAUGGUUCUUAGUACUCAUUUCGAUGAGGGUUAGCUUGUGAAAUAUGAAUCUCUUGCGAGUUUUAUUUGUUUGUCUGUGUUAUCUUAAAAUGGAAUUCAUGCAAGGGUCAUAGUCUCUGACCAAGGUACUUGGUCAGCCUGGACUGAUUUCCAUCCAGGGAAAUAAAGAGAAGUCAACCGGGAGCUAUUCAAAGAAUUAAGGAUGUUUGAUAAGUAAUUCUGAUAGAGUGCUUCUAGUAGUUCUGAUACUUUAUCUGAAAUUAUGUGAAGAUAUAUUUUUUUUAGGCUAGAUUUUCACGACUUUCGAAAACCUGGUCUGACAGGUUUAAAGUCAUGCGAUGCAUGAAAAUCUGAUUUGUGAAGUGGUUCACAUGAAUGCAGAAAAAUCAGCUGUCCUAGAAUAAUCAUAUCUCAUAGUUUCAAAGGCCUACUCUGCUAGGCUGAUUGGUUACAGGCUACACAGAAAUGUCCAGAUGAACAGAAAACGGUCUACUACGUGGGAGUUUCAGGAGGCAUACAUGCUUGAAUUGUUUGUGUCAAGAGCUCCUGGCAUUACAGAGGCCCGAUCUAUGAAGAGAGUUUUCUUCUCACAGACAUUUCAACACCUAUUCCAUCGGUACAAGUUUUCAGCUGAGAAGUCGAAUAGUGAACGGUCUAUGGCUAAAAGCGGUCGAAAAUUUUCCAAGAGGAUUAGUUAUUUUCUAAUAAGGGAAAAAAAAGGAUUUUUACAGCACAGAACAUACUCGGAAUAUUUUUUCAUCUGAAAGUGACCUUUUAAAAAAUAUAAAAAAACAUGUUUUUAUCAGCUAUAUUCAAUGCUGAUCAGUUAUUGUAUGAAGAUACCUCGUGGUCAACGCCUGCUUCUUUUGCCACUUCCUGGGAAUCUUCAGUUUGAAUACUUUUCCUUUUCUGGUAUGAUCAAAUGUUGUCACCCCUUUUGAUCUUGGUUUCCCCCAUUGUUCCUCUCUGUUGCCAAGUCAAACAUUGCAAUACUUCAGGUCCUUGUUUCAGUUCCAUUAAUCUUAUCUCCAUUUGCCAUGUUAAUGACUGAUACUCUCCCUCUCUCUCAGGUUGCAGAGUCAAUGGGGAAGGUUGACAUGAGCAUCAAAGAGGCAGCGUAUCACGCAUGGCUUGGGUACUACAACUCAAUCAGUCAAACAGGGAGAGAUAAAACCACUCUGGUUGAGCUGGCAAACCGGUUUUCUUCUUCCAUGGGCUUGCAGUGCCCACCAGCGCUUUUUAGGAGGACGGCGUUAAAGAUGGGCCUGAAGGACAUCCCUGGCAUCAGAGUUAGGAACUCCUGA